GUGUUCCUGGACAGAAUGCCUCCUGAAUUCUUGCUGAAGAUAUUUUCCUACCUGGAUGACGUGAGCCUGCUGCUUACUGGAUGUAUAAACAGGCGCUUUUACCAUCUGACCAAUGACAAUUUUAUUUGGAUCAGAAUCUACUCGAUUGCUUUUUCACCUAAAAGAUUUAAUUGGGAUGUUCAUUCAGUGGAAGAGACAGCUGUGUCAAUGAGCGUACUGUCAGUUGAGGAUAAGGAAGCUGGGUAUUGGAAAAAUAUCAGAAAACAAAUAGCAUCUGUAAAAGCCUCAGUAGCUCAUGUUCUCCAACAUGUCAACCCUUACACAGGCCUUCCGGCCAAGACCAAAGAGGCCCUCAGAAUAUCUGGUUUAAGCUGGGCAAUUAUAUUGAAAGAAAAAAGUGGAAAAGAAUAUAUCAUGGAGCAUGUUGACCUUUCCAUAAACGACACAUCAGUUACUGUUGGGUGGUAUGGCAAAAAUUGGCCAUGUCUUGCAUCAUUGUCAACCUUCUAUUUGUAUGGUGUGACACCAGUUUUUAGGGACUGGUAUAAGAACCCCACCCAAAAUAGACCCCGAUGGCGUUCUUUAAUUGCCAAGUACAAUCUGAGUCUUUUGACUGACUCUGCCAUGAUUGGCUGCGACAGAUUCAUUCGGAUCUGCUGCCUACAGCCUGGCCUCCUGUUGGGGCUGUGGAAGGAGGAGGAAGAACUGGGUUUUGUUACGGCAAAUCUUCAUUUCUGUCACCUCCUGGAGAGGAGCACAUUAGGCUGGGCCACUAUUCCCUACAAACUGCCUCCUCACAGCCCCCUUUUGAAUAACAGCCCUGAGUAUGGACUGUAUGGUUCCCAACUCCACGUGGAUCUGCACAGCAGUGGGAUUUUCUAUCUAUGUGCGGCAUUUCGCAAUCUCUUCACCACAAAAGGAGACGUUGAAAAUGGAUAUGCGAAACUCACUGCUAUAAGUUCUAAAAACAACAGCGGCCACCUCCCUCUUGUUGGCAAAACUGGCCUCUUUUGGAGAACUGAUGUUAUUGAUGGCUCUAUAAAGAGUUGUUCCAUGAUGGACCUCACCCUCUCGAAUAUGCGCGGGGAACCUUUUUGGCGUUUCAGUUCCCCGGUUUGCAUGAGACUGUCUCCCGCGCUCGAUGGUCCUCAUUUCUUGGGAGAGACAUACUGUGCGGACUCCAUGGAGGAAGAAGGCAGAGCGCACGUGGAGAUGGUGUGGGUCAGAGAGACCGAGGAAUACUUCGUCGUCAACCUGCUCCUUUACCUUAGUGUAGCAAACGUCAGCCACUGGUUUGGGACAAACUACUGA